AGCGGGCUAAAAGUGACUGGUAGGUAUAUCAACAGGUGCAGGGGCCCUGCAAUCAUGGAGACUCUCAGCUGUAGAUCUGUCGCGUCGUCGUCGUCGCUUUGUCUGCGUGUAAACGCCGUCGACAGAAAGUUGCGCCGCGCUAUGUGACAGUAGCCAUGUCUUUUCAAGAGCAGAUCUCCAAUAUGAGAGGGACUAACGAUGCACUAUUUCCACCCUCAUUGCACGGCAGUAUUGCGCUCUUUGCAUUGAUUCCGCUAUCGAUUUGGUAUCUAUUGUCUUGGUACCGGUUACGGCACAUCCCAGGCCCUUUCUUGAACUCUCUUUCGAUUCUACCGAUGCAGCAUAUGACAAGAGGUGGAAAGUUGAGUUUCAUGUUGAAAGAUCUAGGAGACAAAUAUGGACCGCUAGUGCGCGUUGGCCCAAACGAAGUCUUGUUCGGCGAUCCAGACGCAUACCGCAAGAUAUCGGCGGUCAGAUCGGACUUCACCAAAGGGCCCUGGUAUGCUCUCGCCAAGGUCGUGCCUGACCAAGACAGCCUUUUCUCGAUGAGAGACGAUGACCUGCGAAAAGAGUAUAGAGCGAAGCUGAGUCCUGGUUACGCCGGCAGAGAAAACGGUGGUUUCGAACCCGGCGUCGACAGAAUUGUCGCGCAAUUCGUCAAUCUUGUCGAAACUAAGUACAUCUCCACGUCAAAGGAAUUCCGGCCGAUAGAGUUCUCCCAUAAAUCUCAAUACUUUGCACUCGACGUUGUCAGCGAGCUUUCUUUCGGAGAAGCUCUUGGAUUCCUUGCAAACGAUGAGGACUUGUUCGGUUACGUGGCAACCAAUGACCUCAUCUUUCCGUAUCUCGCAGUCAUGCUCAACAUACCAUGGGUAGGCAUCUUUAUGCAACAAUGGCCGUUGAACAAGCUUUUACCCUUCUCAAGUGACGAAUUCGGCUUUGGUAAACUGAUGCGGAUGGCCAAAAGCCUCGCAGAUAAAAAGCUGGCUGCCGUGACGGAUGAAAAUAAUAUGGUCCAACAACAUCUCCGUAACGGAGUGACUUACAAAGAGCUCUUGGCAGAGAUUUUUUUGGAACUAAUCGCGGGAUCCGACUCUACCGCCACCGCAGUACGCAUGAUCAUGCUCUGUCUGCUCAACACGCCAUCGUCACUGAAUGCACUGCGUCGCGAGAUGGACCAAGGCAUUGCUCAAGGCCGCAUCAGCUCCCCGAUCCGCGACUCGGAGGCCCGCCAAUUACCUUACCUGCAGGCCGUCAUCAGAGAAGGCAUACGCAUGUACCCCCCGUCAACGGGUCUCAACUAUAAGCAAGUAGCCAAGGGAGGAACAGAGCUUCAUGGGCAGUUCUUGCCAGAGGGAACGCAGAUGGGAGUCAAUAUUCAAAAGUUGAUGAGGUCCAAGGACACGUUCGGCUGCGACGCGGACGUGUUCCGGCCGGAGCGCUGGCUGGAAGUCGCCGCCGAGGACGAAGACCGCUUUCGAGAGAUGUGUGGCGUCGUUGACCUUGCGUUCGGGCACGGUCGGUUCCAGUGUCUUGGGAAGACUAUUGCGGCCAUGGAAUUGAACAAGAUCUUCAUCGAGCUGUUCCGGAGAUUCGACUUUGCGGUUGUGACUCCUCAAGAGCCUCUCAAGCUUUAUGACGCUGCUUUCUGGGUCACAACCGAUUUCUGGUUGCGAGUACUACCGAGAUCGAGCUAACCUUCCUAGUCUGAUAUGCAAUGCUUUCUAGAGAUUUCCUGGCUUGAAGAUGUCUCGCUAGCAUGAAAUUGCGAAGCCCAAGAUACCCAUGUUUCCUUUGUUGUUGGGAAUGUUGACCAAGAGAGAAGCUACUGAGAAUUUGGGUGCCGGAAUAUGAUAGCAAGUAAUGUGAUAGCAAGUCGGCCAAGGAGCGCGUACUCUUCAGCAUCGUAGGAUCAUUACUCAUUGAAUAGGAAUCCAGU